AUGGAGGACUAUUUCUACAGAGGUUAUUAUGAUGAAAAAUUUCUACGAUUUCUUAUCAAGUCCAAUACGAACGAUAAAGAAACCUUUGUUUGCCACGGACAAGGCAAGAUACAAGAACUGUUCGAGAUAUGUCAAGAACUGCACUUGUUAAACCCAAACCAAACACACGAGGUCUACGAAUUGUGCUUGCGUCAAUUGAAAAUAAUGAAUCGGAUAAGUGAGACUAGUGGUAACUGGAUAGUUUAUCCGUUAUUCAAAGUAUGUGAACAAUUCCUGCACAUGACUCGGUUAUUGCCACGGAAGAAGAAAUUCGAGAAACGUAAAGUCGAAUUACUGGAAGAAUGUGGCCGGAAUAUCCACCGUUCCUUUACACUAUGUUUGAAUGACCGGAAUCCGACCCGGAUGGAAAACCGCCAACUCGGAGUAUAUUCUCUCGCGAAUCUCGAGUUCGAGAUAUACGGCGAAUUGGGCAAUCGAGACAUGUGUCGUAAUCUGAUCAAAGUGUUGAGUAGUAGAGAAUUGAUGUACCAUGAGACUCCUUUGAAAAGCCACAUGGUUAAAUUUAAAUAUUACGUGGGCGAAUACUACGGAUGUUACGAGUAUGAUUUUGCCAAGUCGUUUGAACAUUUGAAUGAUAGUUUGAUGAGAUGUCCCGUGAACGUUCCGGGUCCGUUUCGAGAUCAAUUCAAUUUGAUCAAGACAAGGAUUCUUAUCAAGUUGAUUCCGGUGGCUAUGGUGAAUGAUCAAAAAUAUUUGAAUUUCCGGACUCUUGUAGAGACACUAUUGGAUAUACUGCCUGGGCCGGGGAAUUCUGCUUCUCCUGGAGUGGAACUAGUUGACUUUUUGCAAGAAAAAUACGGGAAUUUGAUUCAAUCGUUUCUGACUGGGGAUAUCGCGCUGUACGAUGCCAGCGUACGUCGUCAUCAAGUAUUCUAUUUACAACAGGGAGUAUAUGUGGCAGUGCAGCGGUUACGAGAUUGUGUGGUGUUGAAGAGAUUGAAGAGAUGGUAUGCUCGAGGCGGGAAUGCGGGGCAAAGUGUGGUGGCGUUGAAGGGGCUAUGUGGUGUUUUGCGUGUAAAAGAUGUGGCGCAGAUAGAAUGUCAGCUGGCACGGCUGAUAGCACAGGGCAAAAUGCGGGGGUAUAUUUCGCACGGGCAUGGGGCGGUGGUGUUGUCCAAGACACGGCCGUUUGCGCCAAGAGCGAGUGCCGUGAGCGUAGCGAGUGGGACGAGCAGAGGCUAG